AUGUUCGCGAGCAAGUUCGGAGUGUCGACGCGGAGAAGACGCGGUCGCGACGCGACGAGCGGUAGAUUGCGCGCGAGCGUGGAAUCUCUGCGAAAUUACGUACGCGAUAACGCGCUGUGCCUGGCCAUCUCCGACGUCUCUCCCUCCGCGUUGCAUUACGACGCGCGGCGUUUCAAGAUACGAGGAGUAACCUGGCCGACCAACAACGACGACGCGACGAACAAGAGUUACGUCGAAAGCGUUAUACACGUGGUGAGAGCAAACGUGGCGAAUAAUCACCAGCUUAUCGAGAGCGUGAGAACGCGAGUGGAUAACAACGCGGCCUCGUCGGUGAAAAAAAUCGUCGCUCUGAGCAAGAAGAUCGACGCUCUCGAGAGCGCCGCGACCGAAAGAUCGAGCGCUCUGGAAACCGACGUUACGCAGAUUCGCGCGAGAGGGAGCGCUUUCGAGAAUCGGCUGCAAACGCUGGAGAAUCUGCAGGAGCUCGCCGCGACGAGGAUCGAGACCGUCGAGACGGAGAGAUCGGCCUCGUGCGCGGUCGUCGACAAGCGACUGGGCGAUCUGGAGAGCUCCGUCGAGACGAAUCGGGCGAACGGGGACGCAUCGAGCAAACUGUUGCGCGAACUGGGGACCUCCGAGUUAACGGCGAAGGCGCUGACUUCCAACGCGAAAUUGCGAGAACUAGACGUCGAGGUGGCGCGACUGAGGAAAGAUGCGAACGAACUCGCGAGGAGAACGGCCGCGACGACGACGACGGCGACGAAGGCGGCGGCGAAGGCGGCGGCGGCGACGGCUGCGAUUUCUAAGACGAUCGAUCCGAAUAAGGUAGUCAUACAACUGGGCGCUAAAACUCCUGAUAAGCAACAGUCGAAGAGAGGGUAG